GGACUGUGCUUAUCACGAGGAGUUCAGUGACUACGUGUCUGUGGAGUCGUCGGUAUCAUGGCGGAGUAUCGUGCGGGUAAAGCCGGGAUCAACCGGGAGGCGCAGGCGAGGAUCAACAGCAAGUACAACGAUGACAUCGCGCAUGAGACCCUCGAGUGGAUCAAGCUGCUCACCGGCGAGCCCGACAACACCUCCGGCGACGUCGAGAACCUCUACAGCGUCCUCAAGGACGGCACCCUCCUCUGCAAGCUAGUCAACGCUAUUCAGGAAGGCUCCGUGAAAAAGAUCAACCAAUCCACCAUGGCUUUCAAGUGCAUGGAAAAUAUCAAUGCGUUCCUGGAAGCCGCGAAGAAGUUGGGAGUACCUGCGCAGGAGACUUUCCAGACUAUCGAUUUGUGGGAGAGGCAAAAUUUGUAUUCUGUGGUGAUAUGCCUGCAGUCUCUGGGCAGGAAGGCGGGUAACUAUGGGAAGCCGUCGAUAGGGCCCAAGGAGUCGGACAGGAACGUGCGGGAGUUCUCUGAGGAGCAGCUGAAGGCCGGCCAGCACGUCAUCUCGCUGCAGUACGGCACCAACAAGGGCCAGCAGAGCGGCAUCUCGUUCGGCAACCGCCGCCAAAUAUGAUGAUAUUGUUGAUAAAUUAUUUUCUAUUGUAAUAUGUUGCUCCAAUAAAUAUUUUGUAUUAUUUUUAA